CAAAAGUUGUGAAAAAAUAAAUAUAUGCAUUAACUUUUCCUAUUUUUUCUUCGUAACAAUAUCUUCGAGUAAUUCGUGAAAUUAUUUUAUUUAUAAAUUAUAGUGUCAUAUGUGGAUGAAAUAGAAUAUUUACAAAGAUGGGAAAGAAAAGAAAUAUUCAACCAACACCUGCUCCUCUUCCUGGACGGGUGAAAGUGGAAAUAAAAGAUGAAUUGGGAGAUAGUGAUGUACUUAUUGCAAGAGAUCGUUUAAAAGGAGCACUUAGAGAGCUGUUGCAACAUAGUGAUACAGGAUCAUCGGCAGAUUCGAGCGAAGAAAAUUCAUCGCAAGAUUAUAAACAUCAAAUGAAAAGAAUUGACCAUAUGUUUAAAACAAAAUCAAUGGGUAAUCAACAGCCACGAAAAGUAAGACGUCGCAGACAAGUGCAAUUGGAUACAGCAUUUCAUCAUACUUAUGUAAUGAAACUAUUCGAUCGGAGUGUUGAUUUAGCACAGUUUCAAGAAGACACGCCGCUUUAUCCUAUAUGUAGGGCUUGGAUGGCUAAUCAACCAAGGAAUCCUAAUCUUGUUCCAAAAGUGCGCAGCCCAAGUCCCGAAAUAGUAAACGAAGUUAAUGUAAGUAAUAAUAUAUUGGACACAAACGGAGAUGUUCGCGACGUUUAUUAUCUGCCGCCUCCGUUACCUUGCGAAGAAGCUAUGCCUAGAAAUCGUAUACCUUCGCCAACAUCUAGAGAAAAGGAAGAAUUAAAUUUAGAUUAUGACGGACAAUCUUUGAAGACGCGAGAAACACUGUUAAGAGAACAUAGAAUACAUUGGAAUAUUGUACGUAAAAAAUGGCAUCAGCAAGCGCAUAAGAAUGAACAACGUUUUGUACAGAGUGCAAAUAUAUUAAAUACUAUAUUUAAGAGGGCACAAUCAGAAUUUGAAUAGCCGAUCUAUGGCAGUAUUGAUACUGUCGGCUAUUCAUUAACAAAAUCUGUGCUCGAUCAGCAUAUAUAACAUUUUUUUUUUUUCAGAUUUUUCUACAUACGUUUUAUUUUAUACACUUAAUUAUACCUGUUGUAUACUACUUGUAGAAAUAUACCUUUUUAUUACAGUACAAUUAAUAUAUAGCAACUAUAUUUUAUGAGUUUAUAUAAAAGGAAUCGCGUGACAAGCAAUAAUUCGUUUUUCUUUCCAUAGAAAUUAUUGAAGGACAGUGAUAUGUAGUAAAAUUAUAUUUGUAUUUCGAUACAAAUUGCUGUAUGAUAACAACAGGUUAAUUAAUGGUUUCUUAUUCCGUACAUAAUUUGUUUGAAUAAUAAAAUA